UUAAUGAGUAGUCUGAUAAAGAUCAGAACCGUUUUAAGGAGAGGAUCCAGUUCUUUUCAACAGUUUGAGUGAUGGGAUAGCUGCUGCUGUGUUGGAUACAUAAUCUAGAUAAUCAAUUCAAGAUAAGACACCAUGACAGUGGAAACUGAUUCAAAUGUUAACUCAAAUCUGGAAAUGGAAUCUACCCAGCCUUUGGAACAUGGAGCAAUCAAACAAGUACCAGUCAAAAAGAGAACUUCCUGUUGCACUGGACUGAAGAUGUUUCUUGCUGCUUUGUCAUUCAGUUACUUGUGCAAAACAUUAUCUGGAACAAUUAUGAAAAGUUCCAUCACUCAGAUAGAAAGAAGAUUUGAUAUUCCCUCCUCUGUAGCUGGCUUAAUUGAUGGAAGUUUUGAGAUAGGUAAUUUGUUGGUGGUGGCUUUUGUAAGUUAUUUUGGAGCCAAAUCUCAUAGACCAAAAAUAAUUGCUUUGGGAUGUUUUAUUAUGUCAGCUGGAAGCAUUUUAACAGCAAUGCCUCAUUUCUUCAUGGGAUAUUAUAAGCAUGAAGCAGCAUCACAUGCAGUGUUUUCAGUCAACUCAACUUCCAGUCUCUCUCCCUGCUCCAUGGAUCAAAAUAUAACUGGUGUCAGUGGAACCUUGCUGAAACAUCCAAAUUCAGAUUGUGUAAAGGAAGCAUCAUCACCUAUGUGGAUAUAUGUCUUACUGGGCAACAUGUUACGUGGAAUUGGGGAAUCACCAAUAUCACCCCUAGGAAUUUCUUACCUUGAUGAUUUUGCUAAAGAAGAAGAUGCUCCUUUAUAUAUAGCAUGUUUACACACAAUAGCAAUGAUCGGGCCAAUGUUUGGCUACCUGUUGGGAUCGCUGUGUGCCAGUUUAUAUGUGGAUAUUGGAUUUGUGGAUCUAGGUAGCAUAACCAUAACGCCAAAAGACUCCCGGUGGGUAGGUGCGUGGUGGCUUGGUUUUCUUAUAUCUGGAAUGAUUAAUCUCAUUGCUGGCAUACCAUUCUGUUUCCUGCCCAAGAGUCUGAAUAAGCCGGAGGAAAAAAAUAAUGGCAAAACUUCAUCUGGUCUCUCCAAAAUUAAAGGAGACCAGAGCAAGCAAUACAAAUCUGAAAGCCAUCAGCCAAUGAAGUGGUCAGUAGUUUCAAAAGAUUUUGUUCUCUCUCUGAAAAAAGUGUUGAGUAAUAGAAUUUACAUCACAUUUUUGUGUUGUACACUGUUACAAUUCUGUAGCUUUGUUGGUUUCUUGACUUACAAACCAAAAUACAUGGAGCAGCAGUAUGGUCAGUCAACAUCUAAAUCUAACUUUGUAACAGGAGUAACUGCUUUGCCUGCUGUAAGCAUUGGGAUAUUUUUAGGGGGGUUCAUAAUGAAGAAGUACAAAUUGGGCAUCGUUGAAGCUACAAAAUUUGGAUUGGUGAUGUCAUUUAUGGCUUUUCUCAUAAGCGUCGCUCAAUUUUUUGUGGGCUGUGAGAACCAUGUAGUGGCAGGACUGACAGUAUCCUAUGAUAGCAAACCAGUGGCACAUCAUGAAAAUAGCCCAUUUUCUGCCUGCAAUGCUGACUGUAAAUGUGCCACAAACCGAUGGGACCCUGUCUGUGGAGACAAUGGAAUCUCAUACAUCUCUGCGUGUCUUGCCGGAUGCAAGGCUUCGACAGGAUAUGGCAAGAACACCGUAUAUCAUAACUGCAGCUGCAUUGAAAUUACAGGAUCACAAUCAGGAAAUAGCUCUGUAACUUUGGGACUAUGUCCAAAAAGCGAUCACUGUUCAAGAAAAUUUAUUUAUUAUUCAGUAAUACAAGUCGUAAGUGCCUUUUUCUAUGCUUUAGGAGGCAUCCCCUUAUACGUGCUUACAUUUAGGUGUGUUCAACCAGAGCUGAAAUCUCUUGCACUUGGUCUGCAUACACUCGUGAUGAGAAGCCUAGCCGGAAUUCCAGUCCCAGUUUACGUUGGUGCAUUAAUAGACAGGACAUGCUUGAAAUGGGGAAGCAGUAGCUGUGCACAGCGAGGCGCUUGUAGGAUAUAUGACGCUGAUGCGUAUCGGUAUACCUACCUUGGCCUAGUAGCAGGCUUAAGAGUACCAUCCUACUUCUUAGGUUUCUUUCUUUAUGUAUUGGUGAAGAAACACUACCAAGCAAAGGACCCCAAAUCCACAGAAAAUGAAGGGCAAGAAAGUGUUCCUAUGAACAAAGACACUAACUCAAAAAGCAAUGAAUAUUUGUCAAGUUCUUCUGAUGUGGAAAAAGAAUCAUGUAUUUAGAAAAAACGAUUCCAUCCAUGUUGCAUGAAUGAGGACGGCAUCUUUUAAAAUCAACUUGCAGAAUGUCCUGAACAAAAGAAUCACACUGCUUAGAAUGUAAAACCUGAAUGAAUACAUAGUCACUGGCAAGAGCAGUUAGGUGCACAUUAUGAUUUAUAUUAAACUUCCUUAUAUGAAUCUGCUUGUCAGUGACACACACUACUAAUUCCAUGAACUAACUAAUGAAGAAAAUGCUGUUUAACAUGGAUUAAUUGCAACUGUUUGUACAUUUUUGAAUGGUUGGAAUGUGAUUUUAGGCACAAUAACUGCAUUCCAAAUACUACACUGGAACACCUCAGUCCUACCACAGAUCCACUUUGCAUAAGUUUUAAGUAUCUACAGGCAGUCCCCGGGUUACAUGGAUCCGACUUACAUCGGAUCCCUACUUACAAACGGGGUGAGGCAACUCCGCACUAGCUACUUCCCCCCAGCAAACCAGGGAGACGCGAAGCUAGCGCUCCC